AUACGACACCUCAUCAAACAUUUGAAUUAAACGUCUAUCAAUAUCGUGCAAAUUUAAUUAAAACUCUAUUCAAACACGUGUCGAUAAACUUUGGUUUAAUACGGAAACGUGAGGGUGCGAGAUUAAUGUUCGCGUGUGUGGUGUCAGACACACGGGGUUGGGUGGGUUGUUUGGCACUUGGCGACGAUAAAAGCAGUCAUUGCACCUUAAGACGCGCCUGGGGUAAGGUGCAGUAAUAGCUCACGAUGCAACGUGCGUCGUCCAAUGCAUCCGAUGGUUUCUGGACUAUGAUAGAGUUGCUCGCCGGUCGUGACAGAAGAAGAUCAACUGGGGAAAUUGAAGAUGUCACACAUGUCGAUCCUCCGGCCAGGGUUGUUUCAGCUCUCAGCUUUGCGCAUCCCCAUGUCCGAGCACGCCUGGAGAAGCAUAUGGGCUCAAACCUGGUGAAGCUGACGGACAAGAACUACAUGAACGAACUGGAGGAAAGGAUACGAGCUGUCAAUGAAGAGAACCUCAAUAAGAGGAUAUCUAGCAGAGUCCUCGAUGAAAUGGAGAGACUCAAACGCCUUAUAUUAGUCGGAAAGACACCAUUAAAGGAAUGCCCGCCGGAAUUAUUUCAUCAUCCAGUUUUUGUAUUUUGGAGAAUGGUGAAUAGAGAAGUUGCGAAAGCGUCGAAGAAACGAGCCGAUGCGUAUUAUAGAAAGCUGAAAUCGUCACAGAAAUUAGAUCAAGCACUCGAAGAAGAAGCCGAACCCGAAGUUACGGAGGAAGAGGGUGAACAGCUAAGUGCAGAACAGCUAUUGGCAAAAUGUCGAGCUGAACUGGAGGAACUGAAGCAGGUCGACAUUGAAAAGGGCGUUCGGUUUACUGACGAACAAUUUGCACUGCUCAAAUACGAAACCAAUGAUGUGAAGACCCUGAAAACAUUAACUACUGUCGAAGAACUUUACGCCUUGGCUGACAAAAUAAUUGGAACAAAACGAGUUUGAAUUUAUAAAAACGUGUUUUUAAGUGUAAAUGUUCGGAGUUCAUAAGUUUUUUGACAUUCAUUUUAUGGACUUUUAUUUAUCUAAAAGAAUUAUUUUAUAAGAAUUUUCAAAAUAAAUUUUGU